CUCAAAACCACCGACUCAUCGUCAUUAUGGGGCCAUGGACUCGACCCGUACCAUUUCCGAGUUGAAGUCGUCCUUCAUCCGAGCGCAAGUGCGCAUUCUGUCUGAAAGCCUCCAGCCGCCCGAGGAUUGGCGACAUUAUGCGUCUCAGUCCACCGAGGAUGAGCUGAGCGAUAAGGUGGUCGGAGAUGCUCUAAAGAGAUUAAAUGCGUCCCUGAAACAGCACAGUCGGAUCGUUUACUCGUCCCAGGCCAUUCAACAUGUCGCACAGCAAAUCGCACGUCUUUACUGGUCCUCCGUGAAUGAAUCGAUGCGCGACCGGGGCUCUUUGCUCCAAGGGGUGGAACAAUCUGUGGAUUUAUCCAACCACCUGAAUAUCGCGCAAUUGCCCCUGGAAUUGGAGGAUCCGAAUGCGAGUGAUGAGGAUCGAGCAAGAUACCAAGAGCUACGCGAACAUCUGGUCGCCCUGGACAGUCGUCGGAAACAGCGACAGCGGCGGUUGAACCAGUUGCGACAGCUACAGCGCUUACUGGAGCCCUUCCAGAACCCGCAGGCUAACAUCCAACCGAAUUUGGUCACAAGAGAUGGAGAGUUGGUUCAAGAGCUGGACAAAAUGCGGAUGCUGGUUGCACGCGUAGGGGGUCGGAUUGAGCAGGGCAAGAAGAAGCUCAACAAUGACGAGCAGGACGCUUCGUACUCGCUAGAAGGGGAUGAGAAGUUGGAAGCCUUGUUGGACAUGGCUGAAUGAGAGAACUCUAGCAGAACGAACGGGGAUGAGGGUAUACAGAAAAACAAAAAUGGUUAGAAGGAAAAACAGGUAGAGAAUCAAAACAAA